GUUGUCGGAAACACUUAUCAAAAAGUCAGCUAGUAAAUCUAAAACGAAUAAUCCAUUUGAAGUUCAUAUCAACAGACAAAGUUUGAUGUAUUGGGUAAGAAGUCGAAAAAUGAUAGAGGUCUGCCUGGUGUUGCUCGAUCAAAAUCAAUUAAAAAGAGGAAAGAAACACUUCUCCAAGAGUACAAAGUAAAGGACAAGGCCAACAAAUUCCUUGACAGACGAAUUGGCGAGACAAACUCAGCUAUGACGUCAGAGGAUAAGGUUAUGGCCAGGUACACUGCUGAGCGAAUGAAAGCCCACAAUAAGAAAACCAUGUUCAAUUUGGCUGACGACGAAGUGUUGACACACAGAGGCCAGAGUCUGAGUGAGAUCGAGAGAUUCGACGAUCCCAGAAGUGAUGAUGAUGAUGAAGAUGAUGAUUUGAUGAAAAGGAAAGGUGGCGGUCUAGAAGCGGCGUUCGUCGGCGAGGCGCAUUUCGGCGGCGGCAUGCUGCGCGACUCGGCAGCGGAGAAGUCGCGCGCGACGCUGAUCGACGAGCUGAUUGCCGAGUCGAAGCGGCGUCGCGCCGAGAAGGCACGCGCCAAGGAGCAGACGCUCGAGUUGACAGAGCGUCUCGACGCCGACUGGCAGGAGCUGUUGCCUCUAGUCAAUGCUGGACAGAAGGAGAAGGCGGGUGACGAGGAGGAACGACCCGAGAAGCAGAGCUACGACCAUCUAAUGCGUCAGUUGCGGUUUGAGUCGCGCGGCAAG